CGCUGAGCUGUAGUAAACCGAAAGGGCGGGGAGUGCGCGAGCCGCCUGGGAGACGGGCACGCACGCACUCACGCAGCCGCCUACUGCAAAGUGUUGGACGCGGCGCGAGGCUGGCCGCAGCUCCCACCGCCGCUCCGCUGUCCAAGAGAAGAGCCCAGACCUCUGCCGCGAGGCGCGCACGCUCGUCCCAACCCCACCAAUAAUGUGAAAACCAGACGGAAACGCUUGUCAGAUGCUUAAAGCCAUCGUCGCUUCAUUGUGCUCCAGCGCCGCCUCUUUUCAACACUGUCACACAGAUCGCAGUCAGGCUCCAGUAGGCUCUCGACGAGGAUACCUGGUCUGAGAUGCGGCCAUGUCCCGCGGAACGUGCCCACGCGUGAACUCCUGUGGAGCCCUGUGGAUUUUGUCGGCGGUCAUAUUUGCGGUGAAUGUGGCCGCGGCGGACGCGUACAGCUGUCAUGAAGUGAAAACCGCCUUCCAGCUGCGGCAGGUCGGACCGCUGCACCGCGUCCCGGAGACACCUGGCACAGAUAUGGAUUUGUUGGUGUGUAAGCACCAAGGCCCCUCCUGCUGCAACCGCAAGAUGGAGGAGAGCUACCAGUUGGCUGUAAAACGCGAGACCCUCCACAACAUUCACUCGUACAGCUACGAGCUCGAGCACAUCAUCAACGGCCACUCUGACGCCUUCCAAGACAUGUUCCAGUACCUGCUGUCCUUCUCCCAGGGCCACCUGAGUUCGUUGCUGGAGGUGACCUACUCAUCCUUGUCCCGCCAAGCCCUACCCCAUGUCAAUCAACUCUUCUCCUCACUCUCCCUCUACCUCCGAGGGGCCAACGUUUCUGUGGAGGUGGCGGUUCACCACUUUUUCAACAACCUCUUCCCGCUAGUCUACACGCGCCUCAUCAAUCCAGGCAUCGAAGGGACGUUGGAGAGCGAAAUGGGCGACUGUCUUCGCAUGAUCCGACAGGAUGUCAACCCCUUCGGGUCCCAUCCCGCCGUCAUGGCCCAGGAGCUGGCCGGAGCGCUGGGGGCUGGACGGCAACUGGGUCUGGCGCUGGAGGAGGGCCUGGGCGUGAUGAAUGCCACCGAACACGUCAGCCUGAGCAAGGAGUGCGUGAAAGGCCUGGUGAAGAUGGUGUACUGUUCCCACUGCAGAGGCUUGACGCUGAUCAAGCCCUGCGUGGGCUACUGCCUCAACGUGAUGCGGGGCUGCCUGGCUAGCGUGUCAGAGUUGGAUCAGCCGUGGAGGAGGUACACCGGCUUACUGGAGCAGCUAACCCACGCCAUGGCUAGCCACCACAACCUGGAGCUGGCGCUGCUGAAGGUCAGAGGUCACGUCAACGUGGCGUUACGCUACGCGCAGGACCACGGUCCGCUCAUCACGGCCACGGUGGACAAGGUGUGUGGCCUGUCUACCGGGGAGCCCACAGGCACGCAGCCCGCGGGCCCAGAGGUCACGACCUCCGGCUUCAGCCUGUCUUCGCCUCUUCCAUCUGCCGCCUCCUCCCAGCCUCUUCCAGAGCAGUGGCAGGAGCGGCUCGCCCACUUGAGAAACUCGUUCCCCCUGAAACCCUCCAAGAACAAUAAACAUAGUCUGAAAACGCUCUCUAGGGAUUUCCUGAUGUACCUGCAGCGCUACAAGUCUUUCUUUGCAGCUCUGCCGGAGAUGCUGUGUGAGGGCGAGAAUGUGGUGGACGACGCUACGUGCUGGAGCGGUGACGACGUGGUGGAGAGCUACUCGGGCAGAGUUGUGGGGAACGGUCUGCAGGCCCAACGCCAAAACCCGGAGGUCAAAGUUCGCAGCCCGGACCCGACACUGGCCGAGGUCAGGGAGAGUUUGGAGCGCUUCAGUCAGGAGACUCAGGAGAGGUUCCCGACUCUGGGAGAAAUCGAGGCCUGGGACGAGCUGAGCAGCGGGGAAACGGAGGAGGGCAGCGCCAUGGACUGCGACGAUGAAGACGGCUGUCAGGCCUCGGGAGACGACGAAGACCAGGCCUUACAUACGGAUGGCGCCAGCGAAGGCCGCUCCACUGGGAGACAGCCUACGGGCGACAGGCAUCACGACAGCCCCUCCAAACCCCCCUCGGUGCGGGUGAUAGGAGGAUCAUCACCUGCCAGCUGGGCACGAAACUGGAGCCUUACACUGCUCUUUGCUGCACUUUGUUUGCAGUGGACCUUGUUCUAAUGACAGCCUUGUCUGUAAGCCGUCCACCCCCCCCAAACAUACAGUACAUGCAAACACACAAUCAAACGCAGCAUCUUCGCCCCCCGUCGCCCUGACGCUUCCGUGGACGAGUGGAUGGAAAUGGAAGGAGGAAAACGAGACGAGUUGUGGAAGAGGACAACUCUUUUGGAGACUGUGGACAAGCAACACGUGGCUGAUCCCAGGUCUGCUCGUCUGCACACACAGGGCCUGCUGCCUCCACUGGGCUGCUCCUUUUAGAUGUGUGUGACGCCAGUACAGCCCUUUAGCACCUUGCUUCAUUUACACACACACACACACGCACACGCACACGCACACACAUGCACACUCACUUACACAACUGUACCAACACAUCUGUCUUCUUUUUUCUGCUGCUGGAUUUUACUUAUUCUUUCAAGCUAAAAAUGUCACCACAAAAAAAAACAAACUCAUCUUAUAUGAAAAGUCAGCUCAUUUUCCUUCCGGGGAUUAAGGAUUGCAUGAUAGAUUGAUAGCUCAAUCCCAGGUGCCUGACCCAGAGCAGCAUAUUUGAUGUACUCUAAUGACUGUGUACCCUGGCAGGGAUCAGUGUGUGAUGAGUUCACAAGUAAAACACGGGCACCCUCGCACACACAGCUAAACACACCGUGCAGACAAAUUAGGUGUGUAUAGUUUGCAACUGUAUAUAAGUGGGAAAAAAUUAAUGAGCGUGUGAGGCUCCGGUUCUAUAAAAGCUCUUAACUGAUUGAGCUGCCUGGGUUUUCUCAUCUAGCUAUGAAUGAACAAUGCUUGUCGCUCGGUGCCACGUUCGAUUCAGUUCCUUUUUAUUACAUAUAAAACGAUGCAUUAAAAGCAAUAGAGAUUUAUUUCUAUAAUAAAUGAGGCAGGAAUGGAAUAGUCAUCGUUCGAGCUUUUGGUGUCAGAGGACAAAGCCUCUGCAUUGUUGUGCAUCCAGUUUAGUGUGUUUGCUUGUUAAAUUGCACAUGAACGCAUGAAGUUACCAAAUGUUCAGAAGUGUUAGAAAAUAUCAGGUCUUUUUAAAUCUUAAAAGUACCACUGUGUAGUUAAAUCCAUGACUUCUAAGGGAUGGUACUGUAUGGCGCCAGGUGUCUGGAUCUGUUGCUUAAUCUGGUUCAGGAGAAACCAGUGUGUUAGUCCUUCACAGAUGUCACCUUGUGUCGGAUUCACAUUGGUUUUUCACCAUUUGGGAAAUCUCAGUAUUAAUUCCUUGGAAGUACAGUUUGUCUUUGUGUAUGCACAGUGGUGGAAAGUACCUAAGGAAUUUUAUUCAAGUACUGUAAUUAUUUACAAUUUUGUUUUUCCCUAUUUUGCUUAAAUAUUUUACAGUUCUGAUGCAAAUGUACUUUAAAUUCCUUCACCAUUACUAAAGUAGAACAUGAUUAUUAAUACAAAAAGCUAUUGAGUGAUCAUAUCUAAAAUGCCCUUAGUUGCAGCUCCACCACUGGUUAUGCAGAUGCAGCAUCUGUGUAGAUGCCUGGGUCUAUACACUUAACGGUUGACAGUGAGCAGUGAUAUACCUCCUCCAUUACUUAGCGUUACUCCUCUGUCUGUAGUCUGCCUCUGUCCUUAAUGGUGGUUGAACAGUGAAUGCCCUGCAUUCAAAGAGCCCAGAUGACUACAGCUCUGUAAGAGUUCGGCUUUGCGCGUCACAUUUUGUCUUCUGUAACCGCAUUCGUUUUAAUCCAUGUGAUUUUCUUCAUUUAUGUAAUGUUCCACACCGGCCUCCAUCGCAUCCGCAGGUCACUUACAGCUCUUUACCCCUCGCAUGUGUAUAAAUGUACAUAUUUUAAGUCACUGGCCAUCUGUUGUGUGUCUCAUUUGCUCUCCUUUGUAUCAGCAUGAUACAGUGUAGCUGAGCUCUAUUAAAAGUGCUCUGCUUUGUA